ACAGGAGGAAGCGGAAACAAAAGAGGUUUCACCAAAACACAAAUACAUCUUCGGCUGUUGAAGUACUCCGGGAAUAACAGCCUUUGACUUCUUCAACGAUAAUAGUGAAAUUCAACUAAAGAGCAAGUCGGCAGGAGUUGAGCAGCAAACUACAUCCGUCAACAUGGCGCUGAAAAGAAUACAGAAGGAGCUGCAUGACCUGCAGAGAGACCCUCCAGCACAGUGCUCCGCUGGACCCGUGGGCGAUGACUUGUUUCAUUGGCAGGCAACCAUAAUGGGUCCGGGUGACAGUCCUUACCAAGGAGGAGUUUUCUUCCUCACAAUCCACUUCCCUACUGACUAUCCAUUCAAGCCACCAAAGGUAGCAUUUACAACUAAGAUUUAUCACCCAAAUAUAAACAGCAAUGGCAGUAUCUGUUUGGACAUUCUACGGUCCCAGUGGUCUCCGGCAUUGACGGUGUCUAAAGUUUUAUUGUCCAUAUGUUCGUUGCUUUGUGAUCCAAACCCAGACGACCCCUUAGUUCCAGACAUAGCACACAUGUAUAAGAACGACAAAGACAAAUACAACAAACUAGCAAAAGAUUGGACCCAAAAGUAUGCCAUGUAAUGAAAAGAAGAAUACCAUGCUGCAAUUUUUUUAUUUUACCUUCCUUUUUGAGGUCACAACACACUGUAAAUCAUAGUAUAGAAGUAUAUAGAAAUUGUGGGUAACUUCCAUCCGAAUGAACUGUAUUUAAAGUUAUUGAUUGAGACGCAUUCUAUUUUUUUGGAAGUAUGAUGAGAAAGAUUGCCUAUAUUCCUUUCACGGAGAACACCAUUUCGGUGGUGCAAGUUUGGCAUUAUAGUUUUUGUAUCAAGGACAUUUUAUUUCUAACACAUGUUGCUUUUGAAGUCAAAUUUGGAUUGUGGGACAUAACAUAUGCCGUUUUGCAACAAGCCUUCAGGUCCAUGGAGCUGAGUGCAGGAGGAUAGCAGACAUGUUGGACAACUGGAAAGGCACAGAGUCCUUGCUGGUCCCCAUUGGGUGCAGCAAGGACCAUGCUGAACCGUGGGGUGUGGGAGGGUUAAUGCCAAAUAUGCAAUAAGCCCCUCAUACACAUGUCAAGUCGUUGGAGAAGCAAGGCUCUUUUUAUACUUUAUUGUUUAUGGAUUAUUAUUUGUAUUUUUAGUUAUUUUGCAUUAUGUAGCUGAAAAAACCUUGUACUUUUGCAAUUACCCUGCAAAUGGGAGCAAUGACAAGUAAUGUUUUACGUCUUUGUCUUUUUCUGCUUCUCCUUUUAUUUUUCCCUAUUAUUAUUAUGUAUUGUAUAGUAUUAAAAAAACCUCUUGACGGUUUAACUUAAAGGAGUUCAAAGUUUAAAUUACAGUGUAAAUGUCAUUAAAAUGAUGUCCUUAUUCAUACUAAGAAUUGAAGUGAUGUUUGCUUUACACAGGUAUGAGGUUCAGAUUGUCAACCUAAAGGGUUAAAUGUGUUCUUCUCUGUCUUUAUUUCUGUUUUUGCUAUUGAAAUUAUCCAAAUCCAAUGUAGUGCUCCGAUGUGAGAACUGAGGGGCACCUUUUCUACUUAUUAAAGAAUGGUACCAUUUUUAUCACAAAGCCGAAUGUUGAUGGGUGGUGGGCUGCUUCUCCUUGUGUUGACAUAUAUAUGGUGAUAUGGUUGCAAUCAUAGGGCUUAACAUUGGCAACCUUUUUGAGAAGUUGGUAACUAAUAGUUGGCCUUUUGGUUUCAGUAGUGACAGAGAAAUAGGGAUGCACCCCAAAAUAGAUACGUUUUUAGGACACUGAAAAUUGAUCACGGAUCAAUAAGGGAGACGAUAAAGUAUUAGACCGAUAAUCUGAAUUGAGGCAACAAAAAUCCAAUUACCAACAUAGCUACUUGCAUGCAAGCGUGCAGCACAAUGACCCAACAUGGUUUACUAAGUAUCUUAAGAGUAUAUUAAUAACUCAAAAUAUGACAAUGGCAACACUACUUUCUCUUUCAACAACCAAAAGUAAUUUCGACUUUCUAACCCAUUUUUUUUGUGGCGGAAAUGGGCUUCCAUAGAUAUCUCAUGCAAAGCAGACCUGGGCUUUUUUUAGGGAAUUUUCAGUGAGUCAAUGCAGCCCUUAAAAUAAUCUCCCUCAAAUAAUUGUUUGAAUGCUUUUAAGUAUCAUGUUUUAUACUGUUUUUCAAUUUCAAAUCCUCUUAAACUUCCACUAUUUAAUCUCUAAAUGAAAAAGCCUGAACUGUCAUCUUUUUCAUAUCCAACUUUUUUCAAUAUCAAGGAUUAUGUUUCAUAACUUAGUCAGUGAUAAUGUCUGAGUGAUAGUGACUCAUGCACAGGCAUAAACAUAUAACUGGAGGGAGUUAGUGAAGUCAUUGUUUUCUCUCCAUAUCCCCUAUUUUAGAGAUUUUUUAGAGGGACCAUGAGUUUUGGAACUCAAGAUUUGAUAUGCUUUUUGUGUGCCUGGCUUUGGUUUGUUUGCCAAUUGCUGUCAGUACUGUCCAUUUCUGUCCCAA